CCUACCGGGCCUAUUCACUGGUGGUCCGAAAUCAGCUUUAAAAAAUUUAAAUGCAUGUUCACGCAUAAUGACAACUGCCUUGGCUGCGCGCAAAAGCACAUUUUUUGUUAGAAUGAGGGAUCAAAGCCUCUAACAACAAACAGCAUGUCUGUGAGGUCCUUGGUUAACACAGUAAUGCGAGCCGUGCGAGUAACAGAGUUUGGUGGACCAAAGGUGUUAAAGGUUGACAAAAAUGUUCCUGUUCCCAAAUCUUCAAAUGAUCAGAUUCUGAUUAAGGUACAUGCUGCCGGCAUCAACCCAGUAGAUACGUAUAUCAGAUCAGGAACCUACGCAGUGAAGCCCACCCUUCCAUAUACCCCCGGGAAAGAUGUUGCUGGAGUUGUCGAGGAAGUAGGGUCUAAUGUUUCAAACCUCAAGAAAGGUGACAGGGUGUACAGUAUGGCAGCGACCUCUGGUGGAUAUGCUGAGUAUUGCACAGCGGCAUCAUCAGACACCAAACUGCUUCAUAGUAACCUGACGUACGAAGAGGGCGCUGGUAUAGGGGUACCAUAUUACACAGCCUACAGGGCUCUUGUCAUCAUAGGAGGGGCGAAAGCUGGGGACACAGUCCUGGUACACGGAGCCAGCGGUGCGGUAGGGCUAGCAUGUGCACAGAUCGCUCAUUUCAGGGGUUUGCGAGUUUUAGGAACAGCUGGAAGUCAAGCCGGAUUAGACCUUAUUGCGCGAAACGGAUGUGAUGCCGUUUUCUGUCACAGAGAGGAGGGAUAUGCAACAAAGAUCAUGGAAGCAACAGAAAACGUUGGUCCUCAGAUCAUCAUAGAAAUGUUGGCGAAUGUAAACCUUGAGAGAGACCUGACCAUGAUUGCGAAGAAAGGACGUAUUGUGGUGGUGGGUAACAGGGGCUCUACAGAGAUCACUCCGAGGCUGGCCAUGCAGAAGGAGUGCAUUGUGACAGGGAUGUUGCUGUUUAACGCAACACAAGGCGAAAUGGACGAAAUUGAUGCUGCGGUUGCUGGUGGAAUGAGGGAUGGGUGGAUAAAACCGCACAUAGGAAAGGUUUAUAGCUUAGAGGAGGCACCAAAUGCCCACGAGGACAUCAUCAACAACAAGGGCACGCAGGGUCGCCUAAUCUUUAAGGUUUCCUCGUAGUGAGGCGGGACAGAAUGGGGGCAGGAUACGUACUUACAUGUGUUGGAUGAACGAUAAACUGAAGUUAUUGAUUUCAAUAAUUUGUGCGUGAUUAAUGAGAUUGUAAUGUGCUAUGAUCUCAAGUUGGUCGUGGUGAAAGAUUUGAAAAUGAAGUCUAUGAAUAGUAACUGCAAAUUAUUACUAAUGGUAAUGGACUGGCUUUCAGUUUAACUGGAGUAGGAAGUGCAUUGGCUUAGCCAGUCUGCUACAUCCAUUAUACAUGUAUAUUCAUUAUCAUUAUGAUAAAUGUUAUUUAGAUUGAAUGAAUUCAACCAUUAAAACACAUUCAUUCAUUCAUGUAAA